AUGCAUGCCUCAUUUUCCCAACGCACAACAACAAAAGUCCGAAGAUCGCAAUGGGAAGCUGUGAUGGAUGAUCGUAGUCUGAGAAGAGGAAGGAGCCCUUUGAGUAGCUUUGUUGUUAAAAACCAAAGUUUGCUUUUGAUCUUUGCCAUCACCUGGUUCUGGACGUUGAAAGGAUCAGCAGGUCUGUCAGUCGGCACCUCCAAUACGGUGUCCUCCCAGAAAAAGGAUGAUCCAGAAGUAUUCGACCUAGUCAUCAUUGGAGCAGGGGCGUCAGGCCUCUUUGCUUCAGGAGCUGCCACAUCUUUUGGGCUCAAGACUCUGCUGCUUGACCGGGGCAAGGGGUACGUUGGAGGCGAUUGCAGCAAUGCUGCUUGCGUUCCCAGCAAGGCACUGCGAUCUGUUGCCAGCAGACAAUUGGAUGGAGAAGUAGAUUUGAAUGCUGUGCAGCAGGCUUCUCGCAAUCGCAUCUUGGAAACUGUGACUGCCGUUCGCCAACGAGAAGAUAUCUGCAAUUUUCAAGGGGUCCCAAAUUUGGAGUUGGUUCUGGUGCAGUCUACCAAGUUUGUGGCUUUGGAUGAGAUAGAGAUUGUCCCAUACGAUGAUGAUACGUAUACAGUAACUACAGCCAACCGAAGGAGAAUUCGAUCCAAGAAAUUCCUCCUUGCAACUGGAGCGUCGCCGAUUGUACCCAGCAAUUUGCAAAAUGAGGCGGACAAGGCCGCCUUGCCUCUCUACACCUACCGUGAUGUCUUGUUGCCAGACAGCAGCAAUUCUUUUUGGAAGCAAGAUUUUGGUAAUAAUUCAUCUGGCCAGGUUGUCAUUGUGGGAGGAGGCCCCACUGCUGUGGAACUGGGUCAAUCUUUGGCCCGUCUUGGCUUGCCCGUCACAGUGGUGGCCCCCACGUUUCUGGCACAAGAAGAUCUCUCCCUUCAACAAGCGGCCUACCAGAUUUUGCGCCAUGAUGGCAUCCAGUUGUGUUUGGGACGGCGAGUCGUUGGAGUCCAUCAAGGUACAGACAAUGGUCCACCUUCUGCAGUACUGGAUGAUGGAACCCAUGUACCCGCCCAGGCACUGAUUGUCAGCGUAGGGCGCAAACCGAGCGUGGAAGCGUUGGCAUUGGAAAGGGGCGGCAUUGAUUGGAACCUAGACGAGGGCAUUCUGGUUCAUCCAGCCACAUUAAUGUCCCGCACCAAUCCGCGUGUCUUUGCAUGUGGGGAUUGUUGCUCGGCCGUGACAGGUCGCAACCGCAAAGCGGCUCAUGGGGCGUGGACGGGGUAUCAUGCAGUGAGGAAUAUGGCUCUUCCUAGAAUGCUGUGGGCGGGUAGCCCCUCCACGCACCCGACCGUGCCUUCGGUUACAUUCGCUGACCCCGAACUGGCGUCGGUGGGUAUGACAUACAGCGAAUGUCUGUUACAAUUUGGUUCGGAGGGCUUCUUAUCCCAGUCGGUGCGUGAGGAGGGCAACGACCGUGCCGAUAUGGAACGCAACGAACGUUUUGUGGACGCUUGCUUUGUGGAACUGCGAGUGGAGCGCCGUUCGGGACGAAUCUUGGGUCUUUCCGCCUGUGGUCCCGCCGCUGCCGAGCUGGCCAAUGAGGUUGGUGUGGCCAUUCAGAAUCGCUUGACGGUGCGAGACCUGGCGAAAUCCAUUCACAGUUACCCGUCACAUGGCUACUUGCUGUAUCGCCUGUCUCUUUCCAUGGCCUUGUCGUCCACGAGAGGUUUUCUGGACACGCUCGGACCGGCCUGUCAAUUGCUGGGCAAAAUUCUGGGUGCAUGUACUUGGGUAACGUCUCGCUUGCGUCCCCAGCGGAUCUUGCCUUGGAAAAGAGCAAGAACACGGGGACAACGCCGGUGGGAAAGUGAAGGAGCGAAAAGCACGUUGAUCGUAACAAAUCAUCAGAGAGGACAGAGUGGAGACUAUGAUGAUGAUUCGAUGCGAGAACCAUUGCCAUGUUCCUUCUUGGAGUACUAUCAAAGCAGCAAAUACAGGGAAAACGAAGCAGAACCUCUCCCAGAGUCUUUCCAGGAUUGGGUGGCUCGUCGUCCAUGA